GGCGAGAGAGGGGCGGCCGACCAGCCGCUCCAGAGCGCAGCCAGUUACGCCGAUCAGAAGAAUGCGACCGACGCCGUCGACCUCCACGCAGUGCCUCGGACGGUACCCGACAGCGCCAGGAUCGUGAAGGCCAUGAGGAUGCUAGGACAUGGCGUGGAGGGAGCCGAGGGCGGACCCGACUGGGCCACCUACGUAUCGCAGGUGGUUGCCUCUCAGCUGCAGGCGCACACGGCGAGCAUCACCGCGCAGGUCCAGAACGCGGUGGCCACCACGAUGCAACACGCCCAGGGCACGAUUAUCACGCAGCUCCAGGCCCACUUCGCUCCGACGAUGCAGCGUGUUGAUGGACAUGACUUGGCCAUCGGCGACAUCCAGCGGAAGCAGUUCUCCAUGGAGGAUGCCCAGAAAGAGAUGCGUGCGGAUAUCAGUCGGAUCAACCAUCGCUUGGCCUUGUCGGAGGAAGAACACUCGGCGGUUGACAUCGCUCGCCUCGCGGACUUCGACAGAGAUCCCUAUCCCACGAUCUUCACGAUCAACUCACCCGAUGAUGUUGCCCCUGCCGAAGCACGUGGGGCCAUUGUAUCUUGGAUCAGCGAUGCCAAGCUCGACACGGAGGACACGGUGCUGCACGCUCGAGGUGCCAACGAACCCUCAAGGCUGGCAUGGAAUCAGGCGGUGGUCGCCCAGCACCAGGUGGACGUGGCUGGCAUCACGGCCGCCUUCAAUCGCGCCUACGAGACGGUGGACACCAGCUCCUGGACACCGCCCAUGGAGCGCUCGAUUCCCGACUAUGUCUUUCGCGUUCCUGAGUACAAGGUGGAGCUGAACAAAUACUUUGCACACAUCGACUGGACUGGCUGUUCCGUGGCUGAACGUCGGUCUGUCACCAAAGAUGUCACGAGCAGAGCGGCGGCGCGAGUGCGCAACGUGCUCCGACAGCUGCCUCUGGACGCCUCACGAGACGGGGCGGAAGACUCGAGGAGGAGUCUCCACCUGGUGAUGUUCUCCGUGGGCACCUUCAUGCUCAUCUUCCCGUUCAUCCUGCUCCUGAACUCAGGAUGCCCGCCUUCUGGAUCUUUAUGGGCGCUGACGCUUGACCCUUUCUUGCAUCAUCUGUGCAAUGGCAACGUGGAGGGCUAUGGCAGUGCUGUGGCAGCAGAUGGUUUCGAUGUGGGCAAUAUUGAUUACUCUAUGGCGAUUGGCCCUGAUGAGAUGGCGCCUUUGAUUGCUGGAGCAUGUGCGGAUGACGUCGGAGUGGUUCUACCUGUACUGAAGGAGGUGACGCGUGUUGCGCCCGUGUUUGCCGCCGCACAGGAGCUGGCGCACUUGCGCUUACAGAAUAAGAAAUGUUUCGUGGUGCCGCUCUGGACUCGCGCCUCCCCUGAGGUGCAGGACCUCGUCGGGUCGCCCGAGGUCCUAGAG